ACGUCAGUCAGUACAUGCCAGACUUGAUACUUCACAUUUUACCGUUGGAUUCUCCAGCAUCUUACAAGCCAGAGCCUAUUAUACAAAGGUUUUUACCACAUCCCGUCGCCUGCACAGUGAUUACCUUGCAGCCGUUGCUUGUGGGUGCAUACCUCGCACAACAUGGUCCUUGAAGCUGCCUUCGACGACGCUUCGCCUUCUAGCGAUUUCGACACAUACAGCUCUGGUAGCGGAUCAUCUCAGGCAUCGAAUGCCGUGCAGAUUGACUUGUCCAAGGCCUCGCGGCCGUUCCCGAUUCUGGGGCCGCUGACGGGCUUCGGUAAUCGGCAACUGCUCAAGAUGACCGCGGACAUCGUCCGUAGUGCACCGCGUAUAAUACAGCGACCUCUCACUCAGGAGGAGGUGGAUGCAGUAGUCGCCUCGGUAUCGAAGUAUCAACAGGUACAUUCAUGGAUCUACUGCAAUGGCUUGAUACUGGGCGGUCUCCGAGCACAGUCGACGAGAGCAGCUAUGGAAUUUCCUAUGAAAAAGGCUUUCAAGAGCAUGUCUAUCGACUUCAACAGCUUCGGGCCGCUGAAGGGUCCGCUCUCAAGUGCUGCAUGGAACGCGGUCAGAACCACGCUGUGGUUGGCGUGGUAUGGCUUGCCUGCGUAUGUUAUCGGCGGAGUUGCUGGACAGGUUAUGAUGGCACAGAAGCAGAUGUCGGACGAAAGAUUGAAGCAAUUCCACCGCGACAUGCAGAGUGAUAUUGCGAAGAGAAGACUGGGCGAAGUAGUGCAUAGACGUCAGCAAGGACUGCCUACGGAUCCCGUUCAACAGUCGGAUGGACAAGUGCACGACGUAGAAGACAUGAGCCCACAAUUUGGAUCUGACGCCACAUUGAACAGUAGCUACGAUACCGUGCGACGGCCUUCGAACGAUUAUGUGCAGCCAAGUUCUACGAAUAUGUCAUCGGAGCCUGUGAUUGGAAGACCACAGAUCGAUCAAGGCAGAUACCAGGACCAACGCCAAGGUGAGCUGCCUCCGCUCGGAACACCAGAGCAACAGAGAGCGCAAAUUAGCACCGCGGGCUCAGCUUGGGACAGAGUUAGGAGGCAAGCCGGACAGACAGAGUCCGCAUGGGAACGUGUAAGGCGACAAGCAAGUGGAUCAGGCGAGCCAUCCUCUGUGCCAUCUAGCCAAUGGCCGCCGCCACGCAACAGUGUGCCUCUGACCGACAGCUUCACGUUUGACGAGCGGGAAGAAGAUCGGCAACUUGCAAAAUCAGAAGCACAGCAAGAAUUCGACGCCAGAGUCGAGCGUGAGCGUCAGGGUAAGGAUUUCGACGACGUACGGUCAAGUGGAAGGCGAUGGUGACUUGAGCGCUAUGAAGUCAGAACACGUUGUACAUAGACUGUAGCAUUAUCAUAUUCGACACUCGGCACGCAGAAAUUCAGCUGGAUAUAUCAAAUCAUGAGGUUUCUGCGAGUUGAGUUACUCGGUGUCGUCGUUCUUGCAACAAUUCGAACGUGCCGCUUUCCCC